AGGUAGCCGACCAGGAACAAUAAACACCUGAAGCUCGCCAUGUUGGAUUGUAAAGAUUUGUAGUUUACCAAUGGGGUAAUAACGUUAGGUGCAAUUCCCCCUAAAUUUACUAAGGGCUCCCUGACCAUGGACCCCUGGAAGAGCGCCCAGGAUGUUGUACGCUGCACCCUGUGUCGAACAUCUAUGGCCUUCAUGUACUGUGAAAUUUGUCAUAUACAUCUAUGUAAAGACUGUGUAGAGACACAUUUAUCAGAUUCCUCUAAAGUCCACAAUGUAGUGUCACUUAAACAAUACUUAACCACUCUGAACUAUCCCAAGUGUAGGAAACACCCCACCAAACAAUGUGAACUCCACUGUGAACAAUGUGACAUUCCUGUCUGUGCACAGUGUAUUUCUGGGGAACAUUUAGGACAUAAACCAGUUGACAUUUUCCAAAACUUUGAUAUCAAAAAAGAAGUUUUACAAAGAGAGUUGGAAGAAUUGGAGAAAUCCAUUUAUCCUAAAUACAAAGAGAUUGCAUCCAACAUCCCAGUGCAGAAAGCUGAUCUGAGUAAAAACUCCCAGAAAUUGACAACAGUAAUUGACAAACAAGGAGAAGUCUGGCACAGAGAAAUAGACACCAUUAUCUCAAACCUGAAAUCUAUUGUGGAGGAAAUGGAAUCCAAACAUCUGGUCAUCCUGAAAAAACAAGAAGAUGAAAUCACACGCACCAUUUCUGAAAUCACACAGACCAUUGCUGAACUGAAGAAGAUACUGAACUCUAAAGAUGUCUGCCUUGUCUCUGAGUACAAAUCUAGGAACGCUGAAUUCAGAAGAUUGCCUCCUAAACUCAAAGUGUCCUUACCAAACUUUAGGUCAGAGAAAAUCCAUACAGAUCAGCUGAUUAAACAGUUUGGUUCGCUGUCAGCAUUAUCUUUCACAAUAGAGGAACAAGACUACAGCAUGUCGCCCCAGGGAGCCAAGUCCUCUCCCCCAGACCGGUCACUGAUGGAUGUACCCCAGGUCAUCACAGCUAUAGACACAGGGUAUGAAUAUCUAUACGGUGUGACGUGUCUGAAUGAUACAGAAGUAUGGACGCGUGGUAAUGAAGACAUGAUGAAACUCUUCAACCAGCAGGGAAAACAAGUAAAGUCCAUCAAAACCAAGUCAGGGUACGUUCCAACAGACAUAUCAGUAACAAGGAGUGGGGAUCUAGUUUAUACUGAUUACAAUGAUAGAACUGUGAACAUAGUGAAGAAUACACAGGUACAGACAGUGAUCAGACUACGGGGGUGGAGUCCUCGUGGUGUCUGUAGUACCGCCUCUGGUGACCUCCUGGUUGUCAUGGACAGUGAUGGUGAUAAGCAAUCAAAAGUUGUGUGUUACUCUGGCUCCACAGAGAAACAAAGUAUUCAGUACAAUGACAAAGGACAACCUCUCUUUUCAUCUGGUCACUAUAAAUACAUCAGUGAGAACAGGAACCUAGAUAUCUGUUUUUCAGACUGUGGAGCCCGUGUAGUAGUGGUGGUCAAUCAGGCCGGGAAACUCCGGUUUACCUACACUGGUCAUCCCUCUACUACCAAGGGAUCAUUUGAUCCACGCGGCAUCACAACAGACAGCCAUGGUCGGAUCCUGACAGCAGACUAUGACAACGACUGUAUCCACAUCCUCGAUCAGGGCGGACAGUUCCUCCGCUACAUUGACAAUCGUCAUUUACAGUUUCCACGGGGUUUAUGUGUGGACACCAGAGACAACCUCUUUGUUGCUGAGAGAGGCACAGGUAAAGUGAAGAAAAUACAAUAUUAUAAGUAAAUCAAUUAACUGCAAUAUUUGUAUGUUAACAAAGCGUAUGAAGUAAAUAUUACAUACUGUAUGUAUAACAUGCACUCAAACUAUUAACAUUAUAUAAAUAGUGGCUGUGUGGGAGGGUAACAGUUGUUAUCUUCCCAUACAGACACUAUUCAUUUUAUUUUGAUAUAUUCAGUGGUAUAUUCUCUCUGUAUAACUCUAUAUAGACAAAUAGUCAAUAAUUGUAAUAUUAGCUCGUCCGAAAAAUAUUGACCGGUCAAUAUUUUUUUAAUAUUGACCGGCUAGGAAUAAUACCUUGAGACUAUUCCCUCUAUUUCAAUUAAUUGCUUCUGAUUUGUUGAUUCUUAAACGAUGACGUAAAUAAAUCUUCGCGACUCCAAAACAAGGUGACGUCAUAAUAAACAGUCAGUCAAGGCAAACAAACAACGGACGUGCAAUGCAACGGUUUGCUAUUAUAACGGAUAUAAGGAUUUCUGAUUUACUGUGAAUUAAAAUCAGGUAGAACAUCUGUAUGUUAAUUCUAACGCACGGCAGAAUAUCACUUGUGACGAUGAGCUUAACACAAAAUUCAUUUGGUAAAUUCUUUGUUGAGCUGAGAAAAUCACGGCGAUCUGUUUUUAAUCACUUUCUUAAAAUUUGGUUUGUGUCUUCAUAUAACAAAACAAAUGUUGACUGUGUUUUCGGGCAACAUUGAUUAUAUUAGUCCCCUUGGGACGAAAAUAUUGCCCUCCGCUUCGCGUCGGGCAAUAUUUCGUCCCUCGGGUCUAAUAUAAUCAAUGUUGCCCUCAACCCCAGUCAAUAUUUGUAUAAUACUGAAUGUCUUAAUUUUAAGGAAAACUUUACUGCUUUAUAUAGGAAUAACGUGAACUCCACAACAAACCGUACGCGCAUGUAACAAUUUGUAAUGUUACCAGUUGCUAAGUGCGUGCUAACGCUGAGGGUAAUAGAACGGAUUAUGAACUGCGUCUUAACCAAUCAGAUUUCAGUAUUUAACAUGAAAGUACCGUAUAUCAGGUUUUUUCCGCGUGUAUACAAUUUCCGCUUUGUUCGCGACGAUAUCCGAAUCGCGGAAAAUAAAUCAGCGUAAAUUUGAUACAAAGUUUCCUUUUUGUAAUAGAGUUCUCUCUUUCCUGAUGAAAUGUACAGGUAAAUAAAAGUACGGUGAACUGUGUUCAGUUAGUUUACUUAGAGGUACAAAUUGCGGGAUCGGAGGACAAGCGCCAAAUAAUAGAUUUGUAUGCCUCGUUGUUUAUUCAAUAAUCCAUUGACAAGCUUAUUAAAACGUUCGCUUUCCUUGCAUAAACCGAUGUCUAAUUAUACCUGAGUUACUGGUAAAUGUAACGGUACAUGAUCUGUUUAUUUAUGACUGUUUGCGUCUCCGAAAUUAAUUGUUGGUAAUUAUUUCACAUUAAGGAAAACGUGUAAAUGGAUUCAUUGUCCGAAUUUUUCAUUACAAAGAGCGACAAUUCAUAUACUUUUCGCCACUUUCCUCACAGGUUUAGACAAUCGUAAUAAAUUCUAACAAUGUGACUUUGAAAUAGUGAAAAUAAGAUUCGCGUAAAUUUUAUAUAACGUUCUGAUUCGCGGAAAAAACAUGACGCGGAAAAAACCGGUAUAACAAUGCAUGUUAUCAUAUGGUGUAUAUCAGAUGUUACAAAUGUAACAUGUUGUGUGUUGAUAAUGGUUCACACAUUAACUAACUUACCAUGUCUAUACGAUAUAAACAAACUGUUUAACUGUCAUAAUAUUAAGUGUUUAUGUGUUUAAUCAUUGCAAGGCAUCAGUCUUCAUUUGUUUCAAUAAGCUAAUUUUUAGUUUUGUGUGUAAACUAAGUUCUCUCUUAUAACAUAUAAGUAAACAAAUAUAGCUAGACCAUGUUUAUAUAUUAUAUGUAAACAAUGUGGCUGUGUAUAUGUGUCACAUGUAUGUCAAAAGACAAUAUAUUUACAUGAAACUACUUUUUUUAUUUACAUGUAUAAAUGUACAGUGACUCAGUGAUUUAAGUAUGUUUAUACAAUGUUUGAUUUUUAAAAAUGAUAUACUUUCAAUGGACUGUACUUGUUACCUGUGCUUAUCACUCUAUGUUACAUGUAAUGAGUAACAGUUUAUCUAUAACAUGUCAACAGUCUUUGUCUUUAACAUGACACAAGGUAUGGUCUCUGUAUUAUCAACUUACAUGUGGUUAUCUGAACAAACUUUUUGUUACAUGUAUUAAUGACGAAGGUUUAUGAAUGUGUAGCACUCAAUUCUUUACCAGCAAUGGAGCGAAUGCCUGAAAGGGACUGAGACCCAUUACUUAUAAAGAGGAGUGGUACAGGUAUAUUAACCCAAGCAAAAUCACUUUGAUACUGAACUAAUUGUUAUUACUUACCUUUUUAAUUUUAAGAAUUGGAGUAGAUGUUUGAUUUUUCGUCAACCUGUUCCUCUGUUCUAACUUUAUGAAAUUUUCAUCUGAAAUAUUCUGUCCCGUGGUGUUUUUAUUUCUAUCUUGCGAGUUUGUGCAAAACUAACCAAAGGAUUCUGAAAAAUGUAAUCAGACAAUCAGCA